AUGGAGGAUAUUUUACAUUGUUUGCGGGACUGCAGGUUUGCUAGGGAAAUUUGGAAUAAAUUGAAUGCUCUCACGUGGCCUCGGUUUCUAGUUGGGAGUGUCCAGGCUUGGAUCAAAUACCAGGUGUGUGGUCCUCAUGGUUCCUUGUUUGCUACAGCUCUUUGGGGAAUUUGGCGGUGGCGUAACAAUGCAAUCUUGGGUGAUAAGUCUUGGAACGCUAUUAGUACUAUGAAUUGGAUUUCUACAGAGCAUCAUGACUAUUUCUCCUUCCUUUCUAGUGAUCUGUCCACGACAUUGGGCAUGGGUGGAGGUGCGUUUUGGAGAGCUCCUCCCGCAGGUGAAUUCAAGCUCAACACUGAUGGUGUCUUUGACUUGACCGGAGCCAGGAUGGCAGUGGGGGGGAAUCCCAUUACAGCGGAGAUUGGAGCUCUUAAGCAUGGUUUGGUUUUAUUAUGGAACGCCAACAUUCGAAAAGCGAUCUGUGAAGUCGAUUGUCUUGAGAUUGUGAAGGCUUUAUCUGAGAAUAGGUAUCAGUUUCAUGAGUUGGCCUCAGAGCUCCUUGAUCUUAAACUCUUGUUGGAUCGAGAUUGGUGCAUAGAGCUUACCCAUAUUUCUAGGGAUGCAAAUGCAGCAGCGGAUUGUCUUGCUGGCAUGGGGGGAGGGCUCCAAUGUCCUAUAGAGUAUCUUGAGGCUCCGCCUCAGCAGUUAGCUCCCAUCUUGGCUAGGGACUUGUUAGCCUUGUAG